UCCCAUUCUGCGUUCUCAAGCAAUGGAUCCUACGACGAGAGGAUUCAUGAUCGGAAAAGAACAUUGGUGUCAGUGAGCCAUCGAAACUGGGAAUGCAGAUCAAUGGCGGACAAGCAGGCGCCGCAUACCAUCAGAGCCUGUGUGGCAUGUAAAGAGAAGAAACUUCGCUGCUUGAUGAGCAACAGUCCUCCAUGGACCUGCCAAAGAUGUUUGUCCGCCAGAGCCGAUUAGCAGCUGAUGUGCUCGUUCGACAGGUGUACGCAGAAGAGACUGGAGUGCAUAAUCCCUGAACAUCGUCCUCGCCAACGCAAGAAGAAAGGUGAGAGAUACAAUGGGAUGAUAUCUGCCGUCGCAAGCUUGACUCACCAAAUCCUUCUUGACGUUAACUAGUGCACUACGAGCGACGGAUCGAACAACUCGAGCACAACAUUGAAAGGGUUAUAGCCCUCCUUCCCAAACCGAGGACUGAUUCCGAGGUGGAAGUGGUUCCCAAGUCACACAUACCAGCCAAACCGACAAGCUCAGUAUCCGUCUCCGAUGUUAUCAGUGACAAGGUACUGUCUCGCACGCAGGCAGAGCUUUUACUUGCCGAGUACCGACUACAAUUCGCCGACAGCUUCCCUUACGUUGUCCUUACCGAUCGAACAACUCUCUCAGACCUGAGACAGGACGGCCCGAUGUUACUGUUGGCGAUCCUGGUCACCACGUCCUGGAAGGAUCGGACCCUGCAAGAAGUCCUGAACCAAGUCUUCCUGAAAAGGUUGAGCUCGGAACUCAUAGUGCGAGGCAAACGCGACUUGGACCUGUUGCAGGGCUUGCUAGUCUACCUCAACUGGUUCCAUCUUCAUGUCACUCCUCAAACGCAACAAGCCUACCGCUUGAUGGCCAUUGCAAGUACAGUUGCCAUUGACUUUGGAAUCACCCGUCGCCCAGGCAAAGGCCGACACAGAGAGAUGAACGUCGAAACCGUCAACGAGGCACCGAAAGGCCUCGUGGCCCUGGGUGCUGACUACUGGAGUCACGAGGCAAAACGUGCAUGCUUGGGCUGUUACCAUCUUGCCGCCUGGUACUCGAUCAUGACUCGCAAAGAAAGCCCCCUGGCUUACAACGAGUAUAUGCACGCCUGUGCGAGCUCUUUAGCUGCGGCCAAAGAGGUCCCCUCUGACACGGACCUGGCCUUUCAUCUUGAACUCACCCGCGAAGCCGACCGGGUAUCUACACUGUUCAACUACAGCGAGACCCUUCAACCUCAGCGGAUGGGCGAUGAACAAAUGCAGAUCUACUUGAACACAUUUUCCUCCAAAAUUCGCGAUUGGCAAGCCCGCAUACCAGCCACGAUGACGGAAGACCCCUGCCAACAAUUAUGGCCGUGGAUACUCGAAGCCUUCACACGAGAGAUAGGGUUGUCAGGCAUGUCUCGAGAUUCCAGGCUCUCGCUGCCUCGGAUUCGCAUCCUUGUCGAUAGCCUCGUCAGCACGAAGACCUACCUGGAUGUAUUCCUUAGGAUCCCUGACGACCGCCUGGCGAGCUUGAGUGCAACUCAGUGGGUGCUAUUGCUCUAUUCGUUCCUGCUGGCCACCACUGCAUCCUUGUCCAUCGACACCACGGAAUGGAACAUCCUAACUACAAGAUCCAUCAUCAAACUCGAAGAGUACCUGGAAGCGUUGUCUACCCGCGUCAAGGCGUUAUCCUCGCAAAUGUCCCCGGUCAAGUCCCUGUUCGACUGGUAUGGGAGUCUGAUUGCGAGGUGGGAGGCGAUGAAAUACCGCUAUCUAGCGGCUCUCGAGCAGGCCCAAGCCCAAGCCCGAGCGGCGGCAGAGACGCAGACGAAGACGACCGCCUCGAUUUUGACUGACAUGACUCAAUCCAUGGGUUCGACAACCCAGAUAGCGCCUCUGCCGUCUUGGUGGGAUGACUCUGAGUCGCAGUCUCAGAUAGGCGAUCAUGCAGAUGCUUUUAUACCAGUGGCUGGAUUUGACCUGCUCAAUUUCGCGUCCAAUGCCGGUUCUUGGAUGAUGACCAUGUCAGACUCUCUGUAUUAUUGAACAAACUCCGACCCGACGCCAAUCGAACGAGACGUCUUUGGCGCUCACGAAUUCUUGCAUGCGAGUCAACAGUUGUUGUUGACCGAGAACUCUCGGAUAUUGGCUUUUGUGGGGGGAAUAGCAACCAAGGCACUCGCAGAAGAUCUUUAUCCACACUUUUUACUGUAUUCAGCCUGGAACGUCUCUCCUACCUUUUUCUUUAUACUCCACUCAUACAUAUUUCUUCCUCCUAUUCGCCGCAUCCCAGGGGCCGUCGACGAGCGAGAUAUAUCCCACCCCGCUCUCGGGCCUCGAAUCACCCACCAGGCCCGGGAUAUUCAACAGCGCAGCACUCUCACUGAAGUGCCGCGUACUGCUCCUCUCCAUGGCGUGGAAGAUGGGAAAAUCCGCACCGAAUCUGAACAUGCUGAAGCCAUCUAGCGUUUCGGACCAGCGUCGUCUGAUGCCGAAUACAACUCCGAGCACCACACAGCUUGUCGCCCAGACCGCCAGCAACACCAACACCGGCAACGGCGAGACAUCGCCUGAACUGACAAUCAAAGCGGGCUGGACGGUACUAAGUCGGUCGGUCCACGGCGCGGACUGGCGAUCCUGCACAGUGGGCCUGGCCAUUUCGAGCGCGUACGCCUUGAACGCUCUCACCAUACUCGUCAUGAAUUGAGUCGAAUUGAGCAAUUGGAGUUGCUGCCACGUGCUCGUGAGACUGACGUUCACAUUCCCCUGGUCGUCGCAAUACAGGGGCUGUCGGUAGAACGCGUCGGCCGAUUUGUAUAUGUUCUGCAACCAGCUGACGUUGCUGGCGAUGUAGGCCAUCGGGUUGAGAUCCAUGUUCGAAUCCUCGGUAAAAUCGAGCGGGAGACUGUCUAUGGUCGCGCUCAGCGCCGUUUGGCCGUACAUGUCCUGCAGACUCAGCGCGGCGGAGACCUCGGAGCGAAAGAUUCGCGGGAUGGCCGUUGCGAUGGGGACGGGUGUCGCGGAAACCAUGGACGAUGCUUCGGAAUACGAAAAGCCGUCGCAGGUCCCUGUGCGGCCGUCGAGAGUGGCCGUGCCGGUGCGGUAGCGCGAUUGGCAGCGAAAUCCGAUGGCGUCGAGUGUUUUCAGCGACGUGUCGUCUUGGCCGGUCAGUUCGGAUGUGACGUCGUCGAGGCGGAAGGAUUUCUGCAUGCCCUUGACGGUCGUGCCGAGAGCGUUCGAGACGAGUCGUUCGAGCGGUGCGCAUUUCUGGACCAUUUUGAUGGGGUUCUGCCACAGCGCGGCUUCGAAGGUCACGGGGUCGAGGUUGCUAAAUGGGAUGGACUGCCAUUCCGACUUGUUAUAGCCGACCGCCAUCUCCAUUAUGCCGACGGGGAAAGAGACGCUGUCGAUGACGUUCAAGUCGAUCAGUGUGGCGUUCGAGAUGGGGUUGAGUGUGUACACGUCAAAGUCACACAGGUCGGGAAGGCCCAUGUACUCUGGCGUGGCGUCCGAGGAGUUGAAGGUAAUAGGUUGGCAUCGCGGCGCGGAGCCGUUGCUGUUGCGCUGGCUGAGGAGGAUGAAUUGCGAAAUGUCGGAGACGAUGGUGCAAUUGAAUGUGGAUUCCAGGCCCCAUGCCUCGCCAGCCACAACGGACGUGGAUUGCGGCGCGAUGAAGACGGACAUUGCAGGCCAGUCGGGCCAUAUGUUCGGGAAGGACUGGAGCCAGGUGCGGUCGAUGAGGGUGCUGUUGUCGGCGGGGACAUAGUAUGCUGAGCGAGAGGAGAGGGCGGAGGAGGUGGAUGUGCUCCAGCGGUUGAAGGAGCGAGUGAAGACGUCUUGUAAGUUUUGGUCGAGGAACGUGUCUUGCCGUUGGCCAACGAGCGUUGCGUAUGAAGUGGAGGAGUUGCUUGUGGAAUAGCCGGUGGUGAGCUGCAGCGUGAAGCCGGACAGGGGCAGGGCGACGUAUGGUGUCAAGCUGACUGCGGCGAGGAGUAGCCAGGUCGGGGAUGGGAUGGUACGCAUGCGGACCCAGCCUGAUGGUCCAGACCAGGUCUAACGGUUAGAGACAGGGAGACAUCAGCAAAUGGUGCUCGUAGUCUGACUACCUUAUACAACAGAGAGAAACACGACAGGAUGGGGCGAGUGAC